CUUUCCCUUUCCCUUUCUUCAUCUCCCCUCUCUCUUCUUCUUCUUCUUCUUCAUCCUUAAUAGCAGCAGUACUAAUAAUAAAACCCCACAAUUAUCAGAGACAGAGAAACAGAGAGACAGGAGAGGUCACAAGGAGAAGUUAGCAUUUCACUGUGUACAUUAAAUUUGUUAAUGGCAAAUUCAAGCAAGUUCAACGCCAAGAAGCAGUCUUACAUUUCGGUUCCGUCUCAGAUUAUCAGCUCUAUAUCGUCUUCCUCCCUUCACUCCCUCCUUCUUUCCCCCAAGAAAACCAACUCCAAAACCAAAAGCUUCUCACGCUUAUGGAAAAGCCCAAGGCUUUGGUUCUUGGCUCUCUUUUUCUUUGCCCUUUUUGGCAUGUUCGAUCAUGAUCGUCUAAUCCCAUGUUUGAUCACAGCUCAUCAAUCUCAGGACUUGGUACACCAAAAUGUUGGUAACAAAUUUGGUAUUAUUAGUGCUCAUCACCAUCCGCAUCCCCAGGAAAAUGCAGGAUUCCAUUAUUCAGAUCAAGUUAAAGAUGGGAAGAUUCAGGUCUCUGAUUCAGGUACAAAUGGUGGCAAUGGGUAUUUGGAAAGUGAGUUUUGGAAGCAGCCAGAUGGAAUGGGAUACAGACCCUGUAUUGGCUUCAGUAGGGAGUAUAGGAGAGACAGUGUGGCAAUUGUCAGGGGCAGGAGAAAGUACCUGCUGGUGGUGGUUUCCGGCGGCAUGAAUCAGCAGAGGAAUCAGAUUGUGGAUGCUGUGGUCAUUGCUAGGAUUCUUGGAGCUGCGUUAGUGGUUCCCGUCUUGCAAGUCAAUGUCAUAUGGGGUGAUGAAAGUGAAUUUUCUGAUAUCUUUGAUUUGGAGCACUUCAAGAGGGUUCUUGCCAAUGAUGUGCAUAUAGUUUCCUCAUUGCCUUCCACUCAUAUAAUGACAAGACCUGUAGAGGAGAGUCGAACUCCACAUCAUGCCUCACCUCAAUGGAUUCGUUCACAUUAUCGUAGGCGGAUCAACAGGGAAGGAGUUUUACUUUUAAGAGGUCUGGACUCAAGGCUUUCUAACGACCUACCUUCUGAUCUUCAAAAGCUUCGUUGCAAGGUGGCAUUUCAAGCACUUAGGUUUGCUCCAUCAAUUCUUCAACUUGGUAACACUCUUGCAGGGAGGAUGAGGAGUAAGGGAGCUUACCUUGCCCUUCAUCUUCGGAUGGAAAAGGAUGUAUGGGUGAGGACUGGUUGCCUUCCUGGUCUUACCAAGGAGUAUGAUGAGAUUGUAAACAAUGAGAGGAAACAACGGCCUGAGCUUCUAACUGCAAGAUCAAACAUGACUUACCAUGAGAGAAAGCUUGCAGGACUCUGUCCUUUGAAUGCUUUUGAAGUGUUGAGGCUGCUCAAAGCUUUGGAGGCUCCAAAGAAUGCAAGAAUAUACUGGGCUGGAGGGCAACCACUUGGUGGGAAGGAAGCAUUACUACCAUUAACCAGAGAAUUUCCCCAUUUCUACAACAAGGAAGAUCUUGCAUUGCCUGGCGAACUUGAACCAUUUGCCAAUAAGGCUUCUUUAAUGGCUGCCAUUGACUAUAUUAUUUGUGAGAAAAGUGAUGUCUUCAUGCCUUCUCAUGGGGGAAAUAUGGGCCAUGCAAUUCAGGGACACAGGGCAUAUGCAGGGCACAAGAAGUACAUAACCCCAAACAAAAGACAGAUGCUUCCUUAUUUCUUGAACUCUUCUCUUCCUGAAGCAGAGUUUAACAGAAUCAUAAAGGAAUUGCACCGAGAGUCUUUAGGACAGCCAGAACUGAGAACUAGAAAAGCUGGAAAGGAUGUGACAAAGUAUCCAGUCCCUGAGUGUAUGUGCAAUGAUUCACGUUCUCAGCACUCUUUGUGAUGGAGGAGGAUAAUUAUAUAUACACCAGGACUGCAGAUUGUUUUACUCAAGAUCAUAAGAAUUUUUGGUGCCUAUCCUGAGUUGGAGCCCUUUAAAAAGGGAUGAUUUUUCAGGGCAAUGAUGGUUCAUUAGAUUAGAGCACCAUUUUGAGCUGCCUGCCAGCAAUUUUUGGGAGGAGAAAGGUACUACUCGCUUUUUUUCUUUGGUCACAGGAUAUACUUGCAAGUAUGUAUGGAUUUGAUGCGCAAUAGGUAUCACAUAUCAUAUAGUGAUUAUAGCAUACCACAAUUUGAUUCUUUAAUUCUUUAUACGAUUUUCUGUGUGUUUAUCUGAGGCAUAAUUUCUGUCCUCAUUGCAUUCUUUGCACUAAAUAUACAUAUGUACCACACUAUAUAUACAUGUAUAUAUAUGUCAAUAAAAACUAUUUGUUACUGUUGUACUGCUCGGCUUCUCAUCCCCUCCAUCUAGAAAUUCUGAUUUAAGUUUCUAUUUAAUAAACUACUACUUGUUAUAUUGCUCCUCAUCAAGUGAAUGGGCAGAUAAAAUAUUUAAAAUCAUCAUUGCUUUUGUUCUUUGAAUCAUGGUUUGGAGACACUGUAACAAUGGUGUUUUUGUCUAGUUCGUUACUGCUUCAUCAUCUAUGGAUCCUCAGUUAAGCAUGUUUGUGAUGUUCUUUACUGAAGCACACACUCUUCCAACACAAAUUCUAUGCCCUUGUGUCUGCCAUUGCCAAGUAUGCAUUUUGAGGUUGCAAAUAACACUUGUUUUGCUUCGGAUCUGGAACUGCCUGCCAUCAAAUCUUUAUGCUUUGCAUUCAUAAUCUGAGGCAUUUUCUUACAUACGCUACGCAUAUCCAUUUUU